AAGUCAAUGUCAGUCUCUCCCUGUGAUUUCCCCUGGGCUACCUGUGUGGAGCAACAAAGCGAUCCAGUUUGUGACUGCCUCUGCUGGGCCUCGGUGCACCUGAAGGGGCCGUGCUGCACAGCAAUGCCUCCUUCCACCAGCGGAGCAAAAAGCCCAUGUCACUCUGAGAUCCACCUCAACUUACCAGCUUCCUGUUGGGGUCAGUCUCUGAAAGAGCUCCUGUUGGUAUGUGAGUUGCAUGAGGAUAAAGUUAUUUCAAAAACAUGUAUCCUGACAGCAAAGACAUCUGAAAAUCAAAGCAAGCAAAUUCAUCUUCCACCUUUGCAUCUAGAAAAAAUGUCUCAAGAAUCACAAAUAAAUAGGGCAUGUGACAAAGAGGAUACAUCUGCAUAUUCAGGACACCCUUCUAUGCAAAGGGAUGAGGAAAUGUGCAUCAAACAAGGCACAUUAGAGCAGAGGAAGAACUUACAACUUUCCAGAGAUGAGUCAAAGCAGAAGUCACAUGAAUUUUCUAUGAAGUUAAAAAUGACUGAGUGCCCUGAGGAAGAGCCACCAGGUGAUAACUCUAAAGGAGGAGCAAGCUUAAGACAAAUGCCUUCUAACUUGACAAGUAAAAUGCUUAAUUGGGAGGGGAAAGAUGCAUUUGGAAUGUCUGUCUCUGCAGCAUUGCAAACACUUCCUGAACGAGAAGAACCCACUCUUAAAAUUGUUUCUCCAUCUCAUGCAGACCCUGGGUCCCAGACAGACACUCCCUCGUCGUCUUCUUCUGAGAUUCCUUUAACAGAAAAGGAAUUAUACUCUGAAAAUGAUCACAAACCUGACACUGAACAUAUUUUAAACCCAAAUGAGGAGAGUUUUUAUAAUGAUACAGAAAAUAAAAAAGUAAGACACUCAGUAGUUACAUCUGAAGUGAUAGAAGACCAAGAGUUUGCCAAGCAGAUGACAAAAAAUAUGAACCCAAAUACCACGGAUUGGAAAUUAGGCAUCGGACCUACACCUCAGUCUAGUGAUCCGAAAAGACAUUUUGAUUUGUGGCUUGUUCGCUGCAAUGAAACAAAACCCAUGAUUGAAUUAAAAAGCCAUGAUAUGCCUGCUGUUACAAAUACUUAUAAGGAAAUAAGGCGAAAUCAAGACUUGUUCCAGAAGCCAUUAUGUGCAGAUAAUUGCAGUGCUAAUUAUUGUAAAAGCAUGGACUCUAAAUUAAAAGUUGAGAGUUCCUCUGCACUGCACAAUGACAGAACACCUGGAGUAUAUGUAAUUGAAGAAAAUUUUCAAAGCCUUAAGAAUGACGUAGACAUGUUAAAAGUAGAAUACCUGGCUUGGAAAAAAGAGAAAAUUCAACUUCAAAAAGAGGUUAAGGAAAAAAUGCAGCAGAAAAACAGUAAAAGGGAAGCAUCAGGAAACGUGUGUGAUGGUGCUGAUGACAGUAACAGUGUUGGACUGAGUCAGCAGAGCCACAGUGAGCAAACUGAUAAUCAGCAGGUUUCUUUUAUGGAAAAUGCAGAUUCUUACAGAUUUACCUUAGAAGAAGAAAAAGAAAAGAGACAAAAAGUUGAUGUGUUAUAUGAAAAAAAUAGGGUGCAGUUAAGGAAAAAAGAAGAGCACUCUAUUAAAGAAGUUGAAAUGAACCCAUAUCUUGAAACCACCAUUAGAACACGAGAUAUUGUAUCAGAGACUGUGAGACAGAAAGAGGUUGUAGAAGAGCAAGAUUACACGCAGAUCCAACGUUCUCAAGAACAGAACACCACAAUAAUACAAGAUGGAAUUCUGACCAAACACCUUUGCAAACCAAAGAAGAUAAAAAUAAGUCACAAGAAAAUGCAUUCUGAGGUUUCUGAGAGUUCUGACAAAGAAAAAAGUUUAUUGCAUGAAAACCGCAUGUUGUGGGAUGAAAUUGCCCAGCUAAAACUGGAAAUAGAUGCAGUAAAAACUCAGACCCAGGAAAUGGGAAAAAAGUAUUUUGAGGACAUUGCAAUUUUCAAAGAAAAUAAUGACCUUCUUCAUAAGACAAUAAGAGAAACAGCAUUUCAACACAAUGCACAGCUUGAAGUUCUGAGAGCUGAGCUUAUAAAGCUAAACUGUAAACUGGAGGAUGAACAACAAAACAGAGGAAGACUGGAAGCAGAAAUUGAAUCAUACCGGUCUAGACUGGCUACCGCUGUCCAGGAUCAUGAGCAUUGUCAGACAUCAAAAAGAGACCUACAACUUGCUUUCCAGAGAGCAAGAGAUGAAUGGUUUUGUUCAUGGGACAAAAUAAAUUUUGAUAUGUCUAACCUAAAACAAAGCAAUGAGAUUCUUUCUCAACAACUUUCUAAAAUGGAAAGUAAAAGCAAUAACUUAGAAAUUAAGCUUCAUCGCACAAGAAAUGUUGUCAAAGAAAGGAUAUUGGCUUUAGAAAGAGAUCUCAGUCAAAAACAGUGUCAAAAGGAGAAAACUGAACACAUGUAUCAAGAGGAACAAGGCAAAGUGGAUAAAGACGUUGGAAAGCCGGAGUCCUUACAGGAGAGGCUAUCUCACCUCCAUAGUGAAAAUAUGCUGCUUCACCAGCAACUGGACCAGGCUCACAGCAAAGCUGACAGGGAAGAAAAGACAGCAAUUCACAUCCAAGAUCAGAUUCAGGAUAAAAUAAAUAUAUUUAAAGAUGAAAGUGUAAAUCAAAUUCUUAACCUGAAGGAAAAUAUUAAUGAGUUAAUCAACGAAUGGCAUCAUUUUAAAGAAAAAAUGCAUCGGUAUGAAAAUGAUAAUAUAGAAAGAGAUGCCACUGUAAGACAACUUCAAGAAGAACUGGCGGUUGUGAGACCACUUCAACAAAAAAUAUCUAUGAUAGAGGCUUCACUGGAGGUUAAAUCGCAUCAUCCUGUGCUUUCACAAGAUAAGACACAUGACUUAAAGAAAGAACUAGAUCAAAGAAGAAGUCAAAAUGAUGAGCUUAUAGCAAAACUGCAACCUUCUUCUUCAAAAUGUAUACGUCUGGAUAAAGAAAAGGCACCUCAACAGGAGUUAUCAGUGGAAGCACUUCUAAAGAGACGUGAAGAACUAAAGGAUAGAGUAAAGAAGGCGAAACAAGAAGCAAUAAACCUCAGAACACAUAUGGAAACGAAUAUGGUAGAAUCCUGUGAAAUAGAAGAGUAUAAAAAGAAGACUGAAGAAAGAGCAAGAAGGGAUAUAGCAGACACAAUAGAAAAAGUCAAUUCACUUUUAAAGGCUCAAAGAGCAUCUCAAGAAAUGUCAGAGCAGAUGAUAAAUAAUCACCCUUCAACGAUGAGUCAUUGGGAACGCAGAAAUAAGCAGGUGGAAUCAGAAAUCUCUAAAGCGAAAACUUCUCAAGAUGAUAUCAAAAGAGAAUUGGAAAAGUAUGUGCAACUCCGCCAAGAAGAAUUGGAAGGCAUAAAGUUACUGGAAAAUAAGCUAACUGAUUUUCCCAGGACUACAAAGAGGCUAUCAGAGGUCGGCAACAAACUUUUCGUAGAGCAACAGCUGAAUGCAGUAUUGCUCAGCAAGAGAACUUCUACACCAGGAGAUAACUUGGGGAUUCCUACCUCAAGGUCAAGCACUUCAACUUACCACAGGAAUACAGACCCCAUCAUCUACCAGCAUAUCCAUGACAGCCCGAGUCAGGCUGCAUUUGGAUCCCCAGCAUUGCGAACAGGGUCAUCGGGGGUCACCACAGGCUCCGGUUUCCUCGAAGACACCCCAUCUUUCCCUGCGAAGGCCACUGCUCCAGGUACACCUCAGAGGGGUUCCCAUUCCUUUGGCCUGGGCUAUGCAGGACAGACCAGUGGGCUGGGACCUGGGGAUCAGGAAGGAGUGGCAUGA